ACUAUUUCAGCCUUUCAGUUCAGGGAAACCGAAACUUAAGUGCUGUUGAGUUUUAGGCUGUGCAUCUCUCUGUCUGUGUGUCCAUUCAUUGAAAUGGCAGAAGGCAGUUUUUCUCAGGAUCAGUUCAGCUGUCCAGUGUGUCUGGAUCUACUGAAGGAGCCAGUGACCAUUCCUUGUGGACACAGUUACUGCAUGAGCUGUAUUACAGACUGCUGGGAUCAAGAGGAUCAGAAGGGAGUCUACAGCUGUCCUCAGUGCAGACACUCCUUCACUACAAGACUUGCUUUAUUUAAGAAUGUGAUGUUUGCCGAAUUGAUAGACAAACUGAAGAAGACAAAACUUCAUACUGCUCGUCCUGCUCACUGUUACGCUGGACCUGGAGAUGUGGAGUGUGACGUCUGUACUGGGAAAAAAUACAAAGCUGUCAAGUCCUGUCUGGAUUGUCUGAACUCUUACUGUCAAAAUCAUCUUGAACAACAUGAGAAUCUCUUUAAAGAUAGGAGGCAUAAUCUGAUGGAUCCCACUAGACGACUCCAUGAGAUGAUCUGCUCAAAACAUAAUAAACAGCUGGAAAUCUACUGUCGUACUGACCAGAUGUGCAUUUGUUAUCUGUGUACGAUGGACGAACAUAAAAACCAUGAUACUGUAACAGCUACUGCAGAGAGGACUGAGAAACAGGUUUGA